CAAUUUUGAACGGGAUUCGUGCCUGUGUAAAAGCCAUGCUGAUAUAAAUAAUUAGCAUUUAUUGCAAAAAUUCUUGUUGGGAACAUAUUAUAUAGAAAACAAAAUUUUACCAAGCAGACCAGCCGGUGCACGGUUAUGAUAAUAUUUGCCAAAUUCUAUUGCCAAUUGAAUGAAUUGCUUAUAUGUAAAUAUGGAAUGGAAGAUAGCUCUGAAGUACUGUUGAAAUAUCAGAAACUUGCACUAGAAUAUUCUAAGUUAAAAGCUCAGACAUCUGUGUUAAAAAGUGCUAUAGCUGAUGAACAAGCCACUGCAUCAGCACUACAGGAGAAUUUAAAGAAAAAAGAUCAGUUAAUAAGGAAAUUAGAGCAAGAAGUUGAAUGUUUAAAUUUCCGGAAUGUGCAGCUGUCUAAAAGAGUUUCUGUUCUUCAGAAUGAUUUGGAAGUAGUUGAUGCCAGCUCUAAGCAUUCCAAGGCCAAGCAUUCAUCUAACAAUGCAGCAAUUUCACCUGAAUCUUAUAAUGUUUUAAAUAUUGAAUUGCAAAGCAGAAUUGAAGAAAAUGAAAGACUUCAUAAACAGGUUUAUACUGCUGAUUUAGAGCAUAGGAAGGAAAUUGCUGAUUUGUCUUCAAAUAUUGAGCAGCUUCGUGCAGAUUUAGAAUUUCAAGAGCAUAAACUUGGAGAAAAAAUAAAGGAACAGGAAGAAUUAGUAAAUGGUUUACAAAAAGAAAAAAUCAAAUUACAGGUUGCUAUUAAAAAUUAUGAACAAGAAAUGAAAAAUCGGAAGUUAAAUGAAGAAACAAAGGCAAGAGAUAAUUCCUUUGCUAAGGAAGAUUUAACAUUGCAACUUGAAGAAGCUAGAGCUAUUAUUAAGGAUCGAGUGCUGUUUAAUGAUACAUGUAAGGAUUCUUUGAAUGUUCUUAAUGUUCCUGUAGUACAACGUGGAAAGCAUGAACAGUUGCUGUCUUUAAUGCUCAAGUUACAAGUCUUUAUAUCUGAUUUUAUUAGACAGUUAUCAGAUUUAUUUACUUUUAUGAUACAACGACUGUGUUCUUCUUCAUCUGAUUUAAGCAUUAAACCGGUUGUCAACAAGUUAGAACUACAUUUACGUGAAAGCAUACAAAAUCUUAAAAUAAUUCCUCUUAGUUUUGAAAACAUUACAAGUGCUCUUAAAUCUGAAACCUUGGCAUGGGACAAAUCAUCUGUGAUGGAAUUCAGCAGCAUAUUUCAAAAGAAUGAAAAAUAUCUUGAUAAAUUAUUACCCUUUUUAAUUUUGAGUAUUGUUAGCACUGCUGAUGUUAGCUUAAAUAUCAAUCGUUCCAAUUACCCCUUUUUUAUGGUAGGAGAUGCAGAAAUGGUAGGAGAUGCAGAUUAUG